AUGUCUCAUUUCGCGGAGUCAUCUGGAGGUGGACGGGUGAGGAGUAGGCUUCAAGGUGCCCGCAGCACCCACAUUGGCUCUGAGCAUGGUGUUGUUUUGGAUCCAGUUGGUGAGCUCAGUGGGUUCUCGAUGAUCCCUUGCCCAGAUUGCGGUCUUGCUCGGGUGGUGGAGGGAUGGACCAAGAAGGAUGGUGACAACCACGGCCGACUCUACUUUAAGUGUGCUAGGAAUGGGCUGCUAGAUGAAGAAGAAGGUUCAGUGGACAGUCCAAAUGGUGACACCAAGAAGAAAAACUUGGAGCAGAAGCUAAAGAAUUUGAAGUAG